CUUUCCACCAAUGUGACCCGCCCCUAUUCCUGACUUUAUCCAAUUGAGAACGAAGUCUCGCACUGAGUCACGACCCUCUGGCAGAAUUCUUCUCUCUCGUCCCCGCCCCUUGUCCCAGGAUUGUGACCAAUCAGACUGCCCGAAACGUUCCGAUGUCCCCGCCCCUGUCCCCGCCCUUGCUUGGCCCCUCCCACCACAGUCCAGGGAAACUUCGCAAAACAACUUCGCCGUGGAUUCGCGUGCGGUGGGAAUUGAGUGAGCAGAAAUAUCCCUUUGGAAUGUAAAAAGCAAAACAAAAAAGUGGAUUUUGUUGACGAAGUUCCCUCCAUAGACAUGAGUAAGCCGGGGAAGGGAGAGCCCCACGCCUUCAAGGAGAAGACCUUCAAGAAGAAGCGGCAGUGCAGCGUGUGCAGGCAGCCCGUGGAGAGCCAGGGUUCCUUCUGCCGAGUGUGUAAAACGGCCACCCACAAGAAAUGCGAAGUGAAGGUGACGACCGCUUGCGUGCCAGCACCGCCCUCUGACCUGCAGAGGCGAGGAACAGCUCCCUCCCGUCACAUUCAGCCCCUGGGCUCCACCAAGUCUUUGACCUACACCAAGCAGAGGAGCACCCUCCCCAGGAGCUUCAGCCUGGACCGCGUGAUGGACAGAGUGAUGGAGAAGCACUACGACUUCGACCUCACCUACAUCACCGAGCGCAUCAUCUCCGUCUUCUUCCCGCCCCUGCUGGAGGAGCAGCGUUACCGCGGCAACCUCAAGGAAGUGACGGCCAUGCUCAAGUCCAAGCAUGAGGACAAGUUCCUGCUCUUCAACCUGUCGGAGAGGAGGCACGACAUCACCAGGCUCAACCCCAAGGUCCACGAGUUCGGCUGGCCAGACCUCCACGCACCCCCCCUGGAUAAGAUCUGCGCCAUCUGCAAGGCCAUGGAGACCUGGCUGAGCUCAGACCCUCAGCAUGUGGUGGUGCUGCAUUGCAAGGGUAAUAAAGGCAAAACAGGAGUAAUCGUUGCUGCUUACAUGCACUACAGCAAGAUCUCUGCUGGUGCGGACCAGGCGCUCAGCACCCUGGCCAUGCGGAAGUUCUGCGAGGACAAGGUAGCAUCGUCCCUACAGCCUUCCCAGAACAGAUACAUCUACUAUUUCGGAGGUCUCCUGUCAGGGGCGAUAAAGAUGAACAGCAGCCCCUUGUUCCUGCACCAAGUGCUCAUACCAACCUUACCCAACUUUGAGCCUGGUGGAGGCUUCUUUCCCUUCCUGAAGAUCUACCAGUCAAUGCAGCUGGUCUACACUUCAGGGAUCUAUAAUCUGCAGGGCUCUGGGAGCAGGAGGCUGUGUGUGACUAUAGAGCCAGCGCUGCUGCUCAAGGGAGACAUCAUGGUGAAGUGCUACCACCGUCGGGUAAAGAGUGCCGAUCGGGACGUGGUCUUCCGACUGCAGUUUCACACCUGCACCAUUCACGGGGCGCAGCUGUGGUUUGGGAAGGGGGAGCUGGACGAAGCCUGCACAGAUGAGCGGUUUCCUCCUGACGCCACGGUAGAGUUCGUCUUCUCGUCUGGACCGGAGAAGAUCAAAGGUCGGGAGUACCAGAGGAACGACCCCUCGGUCACGGUGGAUUACAACACCUCCGACCCCCUCGUGCGCUGGGACUCCUAUGAGAACUUCAACCAGAGGCACCAGGACAGCCUGGAAGGAAUGGGGCCAGACAUCGCCCACACGCGGGGGCCCGUGGACGGCAGCCUGUACGCCCAGGUGAAGAAGAAACGGGGCCCCGGCUCGCUCACCUCCAACGGCAGCCCCGGCAGCGGGGAGCACAGCCACCUGCUGUCCCUCAGCACGGACUCGGGCCACUCCUCGGCUCCCACCGAGCGCCUGGAGGAGACCCCGCCCAUGCGGCCGCCGCCCCCCACCCGCGCCGAGAGGGAGGAGCUGGACCGCCUGCUGGGGGGCAUGGAUCCGCGGGGCGGAGGCGGGGCUCCCGAGAGCGAGAGGGAGACGGCCAUCCUGGACGACGGGGAUCUGGAGAGGAUGGGCACCCUCCGGCUGGCGCGCUCCUGCUCCUGCCGGCAGGGCUACCGCUCCCAGAGCUGCCGGGAGAUGGCCUGCGAGCGCCUGCACAACGGCUACACCCUGGAGCGCAACGGGCAUCAGCCUGCUCACCUGGACCUGUGCCAGCACCGCCCGCACCCUGACGUCCUGUGGGACAGGCACCACCAGCCCCUGCCCCAUUGCCUUCACCGCUCCUGUCCCGAGACGCCCAGCCGCCAUUUGUGCCCCUACCCGCCAGAGAUGCCACACACCCUACCCCCUAGGCUGCUCUAUCGGGAUGAAUUUGGCCCCUACCACCCCCACUCACAACCUUCCAGCCCUUACCGGGAGAUGCUGUUUCUGGAUGGUCUAGCGCCCCCUGCCUGUGCCUGCCGGGAGUGCCGCCUACGUGAAGAGGCUGCGGCCAGUGCCUUCCACGCCAUGCGGCUUGACAGGGGCCGGGAGGCGGAGCUUCACUGGGAAGCGGGCCACCACAGAGACAGGGAGGCGGAGCUGCAGAGGGAGGAGGAGCUGAGAAGGGGCCGGGAGGCGGAGCUGCAUUGGGACGGCGCUCUCCACCGGGACAGGGACGUGGGACUGCACAGGGAGGCUGAGCUGAGGCGGGGCAGGGACGCGGUGCUCCACUGGGACAGAGACAGGGAUGCAGGGCUGCAAAGGGACUGGGAGACGGGCCUGCAGAGAGAGGGGGAAGCAGAGUUUUGGCACCGCAGAGCAGUGUCCCCCAGACUGGGACACGGCCGGCAGUCUGCUCCUCUGCUCAUCUCAGCAGACCCCUACGGUCCCCGUCACUCGCCACAGGGCCACGAGGUCCCUGCCUUCACCUUUGACCCCCUCCCCUCAGGCCACCCAGCCUACCCAGAGUCCUCAGCCACUCGCUCCCACUCACACCCACACUCCCUGUCCACGACCUGCUCAGAGUUUAAGUACAGCACCAGCAGUGGCUACCAGACCCCUCGGCAAGCCUGUGCCUGCUUGCCCUACCAGCCCUCGUCCGCCACCUGCAGCCUGUCGCCGUCUGAGAGUCGGGGGUACGCGUCCGGGUACCAGUCCGAGUCCACCUCGCCCCUCCCCCACUCAGCCAGGACGCCUGGGCCCACGGAGAGCCCGACUCCACCCAGGGUGCCUCCCGGCCCUGCCUCUGACUUUCAGCACAUCGUCCAUGGGAGCAGCACUGAGCCCCAGAGAGCCGACACUACUGAGGGUCCGGGGGACGGUGUGACCUGGAGGGACCACAUUUCCCACGGUUCAUUGCGGCGGCAGCACCGCGAGGCGCGCGUCAUCUGCACCACGCCCUCUGACCUCUCGGGGCCGUCCACACCAGUCCACACCAGCAGCCCCCUGCGGACCCAAGACAGCCCCAGCCCAGCUGAAACAGCCCCGCAGCAAAUAGAGCUUCAUGUGACAGAAACUGCGAUGGCCAGGAGCUCCGUUCCUCCUCCUCCUGCCCCCCAGGGACUCCCAGAGCCUCAGACCCAGUGCCAGGAGCCACGCCAGUGUCUGCAUCAGUCUGUCUCUGUUCAGCAGCCUCCCGCCAGUCCUCUGCACAGCGCUCCUACCUCCCCAGCCGUGGGCACAGCCGCCCCUCCGCUGUCCCCUAAGGGAUCCCCACCACAGCCCGCCACGGACCCCCCCACACACAGCCCCUCUCCUUCGGCCACCAACGGCCAGGCUGAACACUACUGGAGGCCCCAAGUGGCUGUGGGAAGCGACAGCAGCUCCUCAUCACGUGUCGGGGCUACCCUGAAGCUCCCCCAUUCCCCAGUUUCCCAGAGCCCCCCUGUCUCCGGCUCUAGCCCCCCGCAGCCCAGCACCCCGGUGUCUGUGCACCUCAAUGGUUCGGCUGCGGCGGGGGAAAGGAACGGGGAGCAAGGCAUGUUGGGUGUCCCCAAUUCCAGCCCGGCCGCCUCUCACCCCGGUUCUCCUUCCCCUCAGUCCCCAGGCCCCGGCAGCCCCGAGAGGUCCCCCUCGGCCGAGCCCCCAGUCCCGGGCUUCUCCACGUUGGGGCGCCGGCUCAUGCUGGGUGCUGAGAGCGGGCACGUCCAGCCCUGCCCUGCCCCCUCGCCCUCUGCGGAAGGCCACGCCACCCCCUCCUUCCCCAUCUCCACCUACUACUACAGCGGGCACACCCCGACGCCGGGUCCCUACACGGGCUACACCGCCGUCACCAUCCCCCCGCCAGAAGCCCAGCCCCCCCUGCCCGAGAAGAGGCGCCUCUCCGCCCUGGCCGAGCGCCCGCCUGGCACCAGCUCGCCCGGCGGCAGGUCCUCAGCCCUGCGCAGCCCCACCAGCCCUGGGGGCACCCACCAGGGGCACCACGUCACCUUCUCGCCCGCCCUGGGGGAAGGGGUGCCCGCGGAGGGGGAAGGGGACAACCGGGUCAAUGCCAAGUUCGUCCAGGACACCUCGAGAUUUUGGUACAAGCCCAACAUCUCCCGGGACCAAGCCAUCGCCGUGCUGAAGGAGAAGGAGCCAGGCGCCUUCCUCAUCCGGGACAGUAACUCCUUCCACGGGGCGUACGGCCUGGCCCUCAAGGUGGCCACCCCUCCUCCUAACGUCAACACGCACAGCAGCAAAGGCGACCCCCUGGACCAGCUGGUGCGCCACUUCCUGAUCGAGACGGGACCCCGGGGGGUGAAGAUUAAGGGGUGUCAGAAUGAGCCGCAUUUUGGGAGCCUGUCUGCUCUGGUCUACCAGCACUCCAUCACCCCCAUCUCCCUGCCCUGCACCCUGCGCAUCCCGGAGAAAGACCCCAUAGGCGAGACCCAGGAGGUGAGCAGCCCCAGCAAUAUGAGCACAGCGGCAGAUCUGCUCAAGCAGGGCGCAGCCUGCAACGUGCUGUACCUCAACUCGGUGGAGACGGAGUCCCUGACGGGUCCCCAGGCUGUUUCCAAGGCCGCCAGUGCCACCCUGUCCCGCAGCCCGCGCCCCCCCGCCACGGUGGUGCACUUCAAAGUGUCAGCGCAGGGCAUCACCCUGACCGACAGCCAGCGCAGAGUGUUCUUCAGGAGGCACUACCCCGUCAACAGCGUGACCUUCAGUAACGUGGACCCCCAGGAUCGGAGGUGGACAAAUCCUGAUGGGACCACUUCCAAGAUCUUCGGCUUUGUUGCUAAGAAACAAGGCAGCGUGUUGGAGAACGUGUGCCAUCUCUUCGCCGAGCUGGACCCUGAGCAGCCCGCGUCCGCCAUCGUCAACUUCAUCAACAAAGUCAUGCUGGGCCCCCACCGCAGAUAGAAGAUGGGAGGGAGUGGGGGGGAUCGGUGAUGGGUAGAGGGGGCAGUGGCGGGAGGGUGGGGGCACAGAAAGGCAAGAGGGCAGACCUGAAGCUAAAGAUGGCGGAGCAGUUGUGGGCCAUGACGUUGUUCAAACCCUUCGUUCCAGCUACGUGGUGAUGAACGAGGUAGAGGUGAUUGUAAAAUGAGAAAGACAUUUUUUUUUCUCGUGGGCACAAAGUCUGGCCGCUCAUGCCCUUUAGGAAGUUGCUCCCAGGAUAAAAGGUAGCAGGGACAGCGAGACAAGGAAGACUCAGUGAAACAGGCAGGAUACAGUGUAAAGGGUGACCAAUCUGUCUGUCAGAGUACAGAAGUCAGGACUGUUCAUGUACGGAAGGACUCUGCAAUUUUAUUCUCAUUCAUGCAGCCUCUGUCUGCUCAUUUUAUUUAUUUGUACUUUUCCAGAGCCUGUUUGAAUUAAUUUGCCUACUUUGUGAAUUUAAUUAAGCCUGAGGCAGGCAAUUCGGGACGAUCACAGCACAACUGAAGUGCAUCUGCGUCCAGGGGACUGGACCUCUUGCAUGAUGGGUAGUAUACCUGUACAAAAUGUGCUGGUUGUAUACCAUCCCUGAUCCCACUGUGCAGGGAUGCUGCUUCAUCUCUGCCACAACUAUGCAGAUCUUUGAGAUCCCUGGUUCUGUGUUCUUGACCCUUCACGACCUUGCCCUUAGAUAAGGCGCCUAACUCCCAGGACAUAAACCAGAAUUGGGAGAACCUGAAGGAGGAAUUGAAGCGCCUGCUGCUGAGAUUUCCGAGACAUGCCAACUAGAAACCACUCAAGUGAAGGCUCCAGGUCAACAUUAAUGUAAAACGGCUCCCAUCUACAUGCAAAGCUGCUGCCAGCUAUGGAGAGCAGCCAGGAAGGAGAACGUUUUAGAUCAGAGUGCAUUGAAGAAGAAGAAAAAGAGAAAUGACCUUGGAACAAACACUUAAUUGCAAAUUAAAGCAUUAAUCACUGUGAGCUUCAUGCAUAUUGAUUCUGAAUUAAGGCCAAUAAUAGAUGCAUACCCUGGGGUUAUAAGACAGUUAUUACUGAGCUGGCGUUGGCUGCUCUUCCUUUGAAAUGAAAGCUCAUUCUGUGUUAAGUGUGCUUGUGAAAACAGGCCAGUGAUUGACGAAAAAGCAGUUCAAAGCACUGAGAAGAUUCAGCGUUUUGAGACCAUACUGUAUAUUUUACUGUGCAGUGGCAUUUACUUUCUGAAGCUCAAAAUGUUUUUUUUCCAGAUUAUCCUGAAUUUAUUAUUUCAGGACAUCUUUACUACACAGAAUACGCUCUUGUCUUACUUCAGUAUCCUAGGUUAAAAUGGACACCAGUCACAAUCAAAUGUGACCAUUUCUUAAUGAUCGUUUUCCAACUAGCAUUUGCUUUUUUUCUCCAUUGCAUUUCUUAUACUGCAUCACUUAUCUGAGAAAAUAAAUAUUUUUCUUUCACGUUAUCUCCUUACGAGCUCCAGCACACAAUCCCUUGGCUGUGAAGUUCUACAGUGCCUUAAUCGAUGUAACGUGCUUGCAAUGAUAAAAACAAAAUUGGUACAUCUGAAUUUUAAAAAAAGCUUUAAAAUAAAAGCAGAACAAAAUCAUUUGAGUUUAGAAUAAAACUUUAAAACUUUCCGUAUACUGCACAAGAUUUUCGUCUUGUUCCCCUGUAAUACAUCCCUUUUUUUUCUUCUCCUUCCCUUCCUCCUGCGGGAUCUUCAUUUGCCAGCACCAGCUGCGUUUGGAGCCAAGUUGAAAGGAGCACGCAGAAUUCUGGCAGGAGUGUUCCUUGCAUAGUUCCCGGCGCAUUCAGCCCCCUCGUUAGCAUCUCUUUCAGAUAUCUGCCCAAGCUCCAUCUCGUGAAGCUUGUGACAUCGCUGGGCUUUUCAUGUCUGAAUGAUAUCAGUGACUUCAAGCCUGCUGUUCAGCCUUUCCCUCAUUUCAUUACCUGGGUUGUACACUGUUACAUUUCACACAGUGCAGCUGCCAAGUGAGCGCAGGACUAGGGCAGUGACGACAGUGGGGCUGCGGCAGUGCUGAGCCCUCAAGCUGCGGAGAGGUCAGGGUAGGUCACUGCUGAAGAAGGUUCGGAGUGUAGUGACAUGUUAGCGUAUGUGCCUUGAGUGAGAGAGAGUGUGUGCAGGAGAAAUGCCAGAGCUUAGAAAGGCCUUUAUUUCAAUCUGUAGGGCGACUUAAAACCACAGUGUAAUACUUUGGAGUCGGGAACGUCGGGAGUAAGGAUUUUUUUCCAUUUUUUUUAAUUCCCUUGAUGGAGUUGUAUUGAAGUUCUAACAUGGAGUUUGUUUUCCAGUGGAAUCAUUUGGUGAUGCAGUGUACUCUCUUACUAAAACAGUAUGUUUGUUGCCCCUGCCGGAAGAGAAGUGUGGCAGACCAGGAACAGCAUUUGUUAGAUGGAAACAGCCUUAAACGUAUAGUUUAAGCUCUUUGUGCUCCGAUAGGAACAGACCAAGGCUGAUGGAAAGGAUUAGAAAUACUAGUGUAUCUAUAUGAAGGCAUAAAGAAAAUAGACUAUUCAGCAUCACCUUGCACUUCAGCAUCCUGUUGGGUUCAUCAGUGUUGAAAAUUAUAGCCCUAAGGUCUAAGCCUGAAUCUCAGUCCCAUUUCAGAGGGGCAAGGUGCUAUGUAGUUCAUAGUAGGUUUUGCAUUGGUGUAAACUGAGUUUCAGGUACUUGGUGAUGUUUAGCACUGGCUCCUGGCAUAUCCUAUUGUAUGGGUUGUCUGCAAUUCACCAUAUUUUGCUCUGCUUUGGAUCUUCUCCACAAGACAAGAACAUAAGAACAAAUGUAAAAUGCAAACGAGAGGAGGCCAUUU